AGGCGGCAGAAAAAGCGAGCCAAACUUUAAGACAGGCGUCACUGCUUGAAAAAAACACCUGCGCUGUCCACCACUAUUCUCUCUCGCAACCUCUUUCUUCGUCGCGGCCUCUGCUUCAGCUCCUUCACGUUCCGUCGUAGCACGUUUCCCCGCACCUUCGUCACCUCACCCGCAAAAAUGAGCGAGAUCACCCACCCCACCAUCAAGGAUGGCUGGUUCCGCGAGAUUUCCGACAUGUGGCCCGGCCAGGCCAUGACCCUCAAGGUCAACCAGGUCCUCCACCACGAGAAGUCGCAGUACCAGGACGUGCUCAUCUUCGAGUCAUCCGACUACGGCACCGUCCUCGUCCUCGACAAUGUCAUCCAGUGCACCGAGCGCGAUGAGUUCUCUUACCAGGAGAUGAUCACCCACCUGGCCAUGAACUCGCACCCCAACCCCAAGAAGGUCCUCGUCAUCGGCGGUGGUGACGGCGGUGUCCUCCGUGAGGUCGUCAAGCACGAGUGCGUCGAGGAGGCCAUCCUCUGCGACAUUGACGAGGCCGUCAUCCGUCUCUCCAAGAAGUACCUCCCCGGCAUGUCCGUCGGCUUCCAGCACCCCGCUGUCCAGACUAUUGUCGGCGACGGCUUUAAGUUCCUUGCGGACCGCAAGAACGAAUUCGACGUCAUCAUCACCGACUCCUCGGACCCGGAGGGCCCCGCCGAGAGCCUGUUCCAGAAGCCCUACUUCAUGCUGCUCAACGAUGCGCUGCGCGAGGGUGGUGUCAUCACCACGCAAGCCGAGAACCAGUGGCUGCACAUGCCGCUCAUUGCCAAGCUCAAGAAGGACUGCAAGGAGGUCUUCCCCACGGUCGAGUACGCCUACACGACCAUCCCCACGUACCCCUCGGGCCAGAUCGGCUUCAUGGUCUGCUGCAAGGACGCCGACCGCGACGUCACCAAGCCCGUCCGCUCCUGGAGCCCAGAGGAGGAGGAGAAGCUGUGCAAGUACUACAGCAAGGAGAUCCACGAGGCUGCCUUCGUCCUGCCCACUUUUGCUCGCAAGGCUCUGCGGUAAAUGCAUUUUGCUGAGCUAGAGCUUCCCCAUAAGAAUUGGGGCUUAUGAGGUAUGAUAGAAGAGGUUUUGAUACCGAAAAAAAACGGGACGACUUUCUUGAUCGAC